AUGGCUUCUAACUAUACAAAUUCUGAUUCAACAGAAAAUAUACCUGAAACAUCAUCAUCAAAAACAAAAGAUGAUUUUCUUAAUGAAAUAUUAAUGUGUGGUAUAUGUUUAUCUCGUAUGUCAUCACCAUAUUGCUUACCAUGUGCACAUUCAUUUUGUCGUUCAUGUUUACUUGAUUAUGCUCAAAAUAAUAAUAAUAAUAAUACAUCAACAUCCAUUAAUUUUAUACUUUGUCCAUAUUGUAAAUAUCAAUUUAAUUUUCGUUCAUUUGAACAUUUUGAAUCAAUAUUAAUUAUUAAUCCUGUACUUAAACAACUUUGUGAACCAUUAGAUACAUCAAAAAUUAAUUCUGAUCAACAACAACAAAGUCAAUCAAAUGGACUUUAUCGUGCACGAUGUCAUACAUGUUGUUUACUUAAAAUGUUAAAAAUAUGUAAACAUUGUUAUUUUAUGCUUUGUGAUACAUGUCGACGAACACAUUUAUUAGAUAUACAUCGUGAAAGUAAAAUACAAUUAGAUUUACUUGAAUCUCAUUAA